AUGGCCUCUUACUCAGAGGCACAUGGGCCAGAGCGUGCCAAGAGCAUGCCAGGCUAUAGCUUUGGGGUGCGCUCCUACCUGCACUAUUUCUAUGAGGAGUGUACAGCCUCUGUGUGGAACCAGGAGGAUGUUCAGAACCAACGUUCAUACCAGUGGUGGAGUUCAGGCCUCUGUAAGAUUUCUCUUGCAUUCGGAACGGUCCUGUUAGCCAUGGGGUUGGUGGUGUUGGCUGUGGGUUUUGCCAUUCCAACUCGAAUUGAGGCAUUCGGCGAGGGAGAAUUGCUCUUCGUGGACCGGCAUGCCAUGCAAUAUAACCAGGCUCUGAGCGUGUGUGUGCAGGCUGGCACUGGGAUGCUGACCCUGGGGGGCCUGAUGAUGACUGCUGGCCUGCUGCUUUCUGCUUUCUCCAGACCCACAACCAGUCCACAGCCUCCUGGGAAAGAAAAGAAGGGCAUCAUUGGGAGGGGAGGUGGAGCUGAUGUUAGGAGCCCAACAAACGUUCUCACUAAAGCUCCUAGUCCAGCUGCAGGUGAUGUAGCUGUGCCUGUUGCUCUUUCUAAAGUGGAGAACGUCCAACCAUAA